AUGACUGUCAAGAAAGCACGAAUGCCUGUGAGCAAGCAACCAGGGGACCAACGGCUUAAAGUCCUCUCCGAGGGACUUGGUGCUUUUUUGAUCCCCUAUCUCCUGAGCGUGUUCUGUGCGGGAAUCCCCCUCUUGGUGAUUGAGAUAGGGUUGGGGCAGUUCACCGGGCAAGGACCAGUAACGGCAUGGGGUAUGAUCAGCCCCCUUUUCAAAGGCAUUGGAUGUGCUGGUCUUGUCAUCCAAGUCUUCCUCGAUACCUAUUAUGUCGUCAUAAUGGCUUGGGGUCUAUAUUACCUCUUAUUCUCCUUCAACGCCGUACUUCCAUACUCUACGUGCUCAAACGAUUGGAACACGGUUUGCUGCUUCGAUGGGAUGGACAACGGAGCGGUGGUUGACGUCGAGACAAACUACAAUAUGACCGGAUUCGAUGACACGACCUCGAUGAUGACAUCGGCUUAUAAUCUGAGUGAAGAAUGUACCAAUGGCACCACGUCACCGACUGUUGAGUUUUGGAAUCGAAAAGUUCUUCAGAUCCAUCGCUCCGAAGGUAUCCAUGAUGUUGGUGGAGUCAGCUGGCAGCUUUUCCUCUGUCUCACGCUGGCCUGGCUCCUUAUCUAUCUCUGUAUAUGCAAGGGAGUCAAAUCAUCUGGGAAGGUAGUGUAUGUGACAGUUCCAUUCCCGUACGUACUCCUGACGAUUCUUCUCAUUCGUGCUGUGACAUUACCAAAUGCUGUGGAUGGGAUCAUCUUCUAUCUUAAACCUGAUACAUCUAAGCUGAAAGAAAGUCAGGUAUGGCUCGAUGCUGCUACUCAAAUCUUUUAUUCCAAUACCCUAGGACAAGGGUUCUUGGUUGCCUUGGGAAGCUACAACAAGAGAAAUCACAAUUUUGUCAGGGAUACCCUACUGUAUUCCUUGACGAAUUGUGCAACCAGCUUGUAUUCUGGAUUCGUCAUCUUUGCAGUACUAGGAUUUAUGGCGGGAAAGCAAGGAAAAGCAGUUGGCGAGGUCGCAAAGUCAGGUCCAGGUUUAGGGUUCAUUGUCUACCCAGAAGCCAUCACUGAGAUGCCUCUAUCGACUCUCUGGGCGAUUCUCUUUUUCUUAUGCCUACUUUUCCUCGGUAUAGACAGCGUGUUUGUGGUCGUUGAGGGCUUGGUGACGACGAUCGUUGAUAUCUUCCCAAAGACUCUCCUGAAAGGCAACAGAAGAGAGUUCUUCUGUGCAGGGUGCUGUCUCUUCUUCUGUAUGGCCGGAAUACCCAUGGUCACCUACGGUGGUAUGUUCAUAUUUCAACUGUUUGACUUCUACGCAUCGAGUGGGUUUGUUCUUCUGUGGAUAGCUCUCUGUGAAAGCCUCGUCAUAGGAUGGGUAUAUGGUGGUAAGCGGUACAUGCAAGAUAUCAUCAACAUGAUAGGUAGAGGGUGGAUCAAACCCUACAUGAUUGCUGCCUGGAUGUUUAUAACACCUCUGUUUUCUGGGACCAUCUUCGUGUUUAGUAUAGUAUACUACAAGCCACUAACCUACGAAGAUGAUUAUGUAUACCCCUGGUGGGGGUACAUGAUGGGGUGGACCAUGGCCCUCUCGUCCAUGGUAACCAUACCCAUUCUAUUCAUCUACCAGUUCGUCUUUAAGAGCAAGGGAUCACUCAUGGAGCGAUGGAUCGACGGGACAACAUCACGAGUACCAGAAAGUCAACAAAACGGACCGAUGGACAAGAAAGACCAAUCCUACAAUGAAGUUGAAUUACGAUGAUUCGCUCAUGACCUCACAAACAACAUUGGACGAAAUGAUAUUAUUUUUUCUCCAAUAAAUAUGAUAAUUGCUCAAGCCAAAACAUACUUAAGUGAAGUAGAAGGAAUAUUAGCUCAUAGUUUGUUAUUAUGAUUAUAAUUAUUAUCAUUAGUAUUAUUAUUAUCACUGUUAUUAUUUUUAUUACUAUUAUGAUCAAUUCGAAUUACGUCUACAUUAAUGUGAGCUGCGAUUUAAUACAUUAUAGGCCUAAAUAAGCAUCAGUCGAUUUACUUUAGGAAUUAAGCAUGACAUGUAAACACUUUAUGUGUAUAUAAUUAUGUCUUUUAUAUAGGACCAACUGAAGAUGAAAAACAGUGUCCUGAUCUUCUUGUCCCGUUUGAAUAUAUUUGACAAAAAUAAAAUGAAAUAAAUUGUGCAGGUAAAUAUAGAUAUUAAGUGGUGUACAUUGUCAAAGAAUACAGUCAAUGUUCUUGAGUGACUUAAUUUGUCAGGUAUUAAAGCAAGAAACGCAAAUAUAACUUGGGAGUGUCAAAAUACCUUGUAAGGAUAGCCCACGAUGGAGUAGUUCCGUAGGCGUCCUUUGCUUUCUAUAGUUCUUUCAUAAGGGUUUUAUAUAGUUUUAUAUUGAUAUAUUGUGUAGUUAUAUCUACAAGUAGUAUGUAUAAAGGAGGCCGCACAGCUUACGAUUGGUCUGCGACCCAGUUUUGGAAUAAAAAUUAGUAAAAUUCGUGCUGAUAUUGAGAUAUGGAAUAUCCUACUGUGUAAUGUUCUAAAUCAUCGUACGAAUGCCUUUGUUCAAAUCUGUGACAAUGCUAUCAUCCGCAUUAGAAUAAAAGCGAAUUUAAUAUCUAGUCAUAAUCAUAGUCAUAUACAGUGGCGUACCUAGGAUUUUUCACAGGGGGGGGGGGCAAAACCGUCCGCCCAAAAAUUUGACAAGC